GUUUGUUAGUGCGGUGAUAGACUUGCAGCCUGUCCAGGGUGUACCCUGUCUCUCACCCAGUGACUGCUGGGAUAUGCUCCAUCCCCCUGUGACCCUUAACUCGAAUAUGUGGGUUCAGAGAAUGUUUGGAUGGAUUAACAGCAUGCUUAAUAUUUAAUGACAUUAUUUUUCAGUUGUCACAAUCUGAGAGGUCAAAGGUGACAUAUGCGGGCAUGCUGCAAAAUACUGUCCAAUAGUGCAGCUGUCAAUGAAUUUCCAGCCUGUUUUUGAAAUGGCAGAGAAUACUGUUUCGUGUGCCUUGUCCCAAGUAAAUAUUUAUCAAUAGCCAGACACAAGGAAAUCAUUAUUUGACACUCCACCCAUAUACCCCUUUCACCUCCUCCUGAUGUUUGGAGAAAACAGUAUGAGCCAAUGAAGCGUUCCUACCCAGAAAGGCAGACAGACGGCCAGUAUAUAUUGAGCAGCCCCACAGAGGUUUUGGUUCCUGUCAUUGCAGCACAAGGUGUGCUACUGUGUCCGCUGACCACAGACAUGGUACGUCUGGCCCUCCCAGUCUUCAUCCUGCUCUGCCUCUCUUUGCUCCACUCCAGCUCCAGUCACCCGUCUCGCUCCAGGAAGGCUGUGUCAGCUCAUCAGUCUGCUGCAGAUGACGAUGAUGUAAAGGCCCAGCUGGAGAGGCGUUGGCAGGAGGUGAAUUCACUGAAAGAGAUGCAAGCGCUGCAGACAGUCUGUCUGCGUGGCAUCAAAGCCCAUAGAAAAUGUUAUCUUACAAUCGAGGCCAGACAUUACCACGAAGCAAAUGAAGACUGUAUUGCACAAGGAGGAACUCUUGCAACACCACGAGACAUGACGGAAAACAAUGAACUGAGAGACUGUAAAAGAAGUACUCCUGGAUCCAAGGACUUCUGGAUAGGUGUGGCAGACAUAGUGAAAGAGGGCCAGUAUGUUGAUGUGAACAGUCUGCCCAUCAGCUUCUUUAACUGGGACGGCUCCAAGAGGCAGCCUACAGGAACCAAAAGGGAAAGCUGUGUGGCUCUGUCUGUGGGUGCACAAGGAAAGUGGCACGAUGAAGUGUGUCGCAGCCUGAAAAGGUACAUUUGUGAAUAUGUCAUUCCAUGAAAUGCUUUUUGACAUAUGAAAAGUUCAUUUAAUGAAAGCUGUCUCUGCCUGUCCAUGAACUGGCCUUGCAAAAAAAA